GUUGGGGGUUUUGUUUUGUUGUUUGUUUGUUUUUACUUCAAUGAUUUUAAUGAGGGACCAGGGCCUGUGAUUUAGGAGGGCCAAGAAGAACAGCCAAGAAAAUGUAAAUAGCAAUAAGGAAUUUAAAAAAGUCUUGUACUUGAAAUUAUGGAUAGUAUGUUUCAAAUAAACAAUACUUUAGUCUUGACAUGAUCCCAUUGUUAUUAGAUGGGAGUGCAUUUAAGAUUGUUGAGUGAAGUGCAUUGUGUGAUGAAAAAUUUGGUCAAAUGUGGGGAGUUGCAGUUCUCAUGGUCUAAUCUUAGACCAUCCAUACUCUUGAAACCACUGCUCUCAGUCCUGUGAUCAGUAUCAGAUAGCUGAGAAAACUAAGUUUGGCAAUAAUCACUGACUGAAAAAUUAAAUACAGUGUGUAGUACUUAUGACAAUGAGACUUCAAAGUUCUUCAAUGUUCACAAGGUAUGAAGCCAAUUUACACAUUUGGUCUACAUUUUGGACUUUUGAUUGCCCAGUUUGAAAACUAAAGGCUUUAUAAGUAAAAAAAAAAAAAAAAAAAAACUCUUUUGACUUGUGUGUGAGGAUAAGAUUAUCAAAAAUGGUGAUAUUUUCACAUCGUGCAUAUUUUAUGUAUAAGGUAACCUAUUUACAGUAGCCGGGAACCGCCACUGCUGCAAAUAGAAAAGAAUGCAAAAAAAGAGGCCACAACAGGAAUUAACGACACACACCAAAAAAGUUGGAAAGGUUAUUGUUUAAUUUCGCUUUGUGUGGUUUUCAAUGUGUCAUUUGGUUAGGUCAUGUAGCGCCUGAGUCGAUAUGAAGUUGAACUGGAGGAUGGCUGGGUAGCGUUAGCUUCAGUUCAACUUCAUAUUGACUCAGGCGCUACAUGGCCUAACCAAAUGACACAUUGAAAAGCACACAAAGCAAAAUCAAACAAUAACCUUUCCACUUACUUCUUUGCUCGUCUUUUUUGUUUGCAUCCUUUUAUUUUAGCAGUAACUACUUUAUUUUUUAAAUCCAUCACCACUUUUUGUGUUGAUAACUUCUGUUGUGACUUUUUUUCAAAAAUCUGCACCGUUUCUUUUUUUUUUUUUUGCAGCAGGCUUCAGUUUCUUUCUUUCUUUUCCUUUUUUGCAUCAGUAACUUCUGUUGUGACUCCUUUUCUUUCUUUUUUUUUUUUUUUUAGCAUUCUUUUCUUUUUUUUAUUUGCAGCAAUGGCGGUUCUCGGCCACCGUACCUUUUGCCUUUAAAUCAGUGGAAUAUAGAAAGCGACUUAACUCCUGUCGCACCGGCCUCUGAUUGGCUGUUCGGCUAGGACCUUCCCAUACACGGAAAUGACGUACAGAGCGCCCAGCUUGGGACUGUCUCGGUAUUUACAGAGGAGCUUGUCAACCUCAUGCGAGCGCGUAUGAGCCCACCGCGACCUACAAACGGGCUGCCACCCAGUUACCGGUGUCAUGGCGCCCUUGUCUGUGCCCCUGUCGUCUCUGCUGAGGCGCAGCGACUGUCUGCAGAGGGGGAGUGUUUUCUGUAAUGUAGCACAGACUUGGCGUCACCGGUCGCCCACAUCUCGGUUAUGGAAACGGAAUUUCGGUGCAGUAUCACAUGGGGUCGAUCAAGUCCUGACAAGCCAGUGUAAAGCUAAAAACUACGCAGCAUCUGUUAGUAGGAGGUUUUCAGGCGGCCCGGACACGACAGAGAGACUGUGGGCUAUUUACAAUGAGACCAAGAGGCAGACUGAAGGUAAGAGCUGUUAACACAGAUGAUCAGAUACAGCACUGCAGUAAUCGAUGAUUGAUACUGCCUUAUAACCCACUUAUGACUAAUGUUUCCGGUAUAAUAAACUGCAUAGAUAUCCCCAGCCUCACAUUAGCAGCCCUCAUAUAAAACAAACACAUAUGGUACAUGAUAGGCUGUAUUGAACCAGUUGUACUUUGGUGGACUCAAACAUGGACAGCUCAUGUCAUCAUGACAGUGAAGGAAAGCUGAGGCAACCUUUGAUUGUCUAUAGAUUUUUGUCAGAAUUAACUUGGUAAUCCAGUGUUGUAAGGCUUGUUUGAACAGAGGGGACAGGACAGUGUCAUUACACAGUGAAUGGUUCUAUUCAUUAGAAAUAUCAUCAUAAUAAACAUAUUAAAAACUGCAGAGUAACUUUAUGUUUCCAUUCUCUCAGAUUUGGUUCCAGUCAUAUCCACCAACUCAGUCGAUCCAGACACUAUUUUUGCUAACAAUGAAAUGAGCCUGAGAGACAUAGAGAUCUACGGCUUCGACUAUGACUACACUCUGGCCUUCUACUCCCGCAACCUCCACACCCUCAUCUUCAACAUUGCACGGGACAUCCUCAUCUCCAAACACAGGGUAGGUGACAUGUCCCCCCAAAACAUUUCCUGAAGAGAGGUUCGACAGUGUUAGCAAAAUCUUGAUUUUUGACUUCCUGUGUCGGUGGGAUCAUGUGACACUUGAUCAUAAAUGCCUCACCCUCUUUGUGUAUAUUGAGACACAUCUAUUUGUAAUACCCAAACAUGUAAAUGAAACUUUUGUGGUCAAUUUUUUCACAAUUGUCCAUGAUACAAUGCUCUGUUUGUUGUCACUAUAAAUGAUCUUUUGUUAUAGUAUCCUGAGGAACUGCGGAAGUAUGAGUAUAUUCCCAAUUUUGCUGUGAGAGGGCUUCACUAUGACGUCCAGAAGGUGAGGAGGUCUUUCUUUGUACAGUUCAAACACUGUCAGCUGUAUGAGGAUUAUUCUUGUGUAAAGUUUGGAUGGUUUUUAACAGGCACUGCUGAUGAAGAUAGAUGCUUUUCACUACAUCCAGUUGGGAACAGUGUACAGGUAUAUAUACAGUGACAUAUUCCAACCCUGAAACCAUAAGAGUUGUGAUGCUGUAUAAAAUGGUAAUUUGUGAACCAUUAAAACCUUUUCUUUAAUUUAUGAUGGUGCAAAGAUGGCAAAACAGCUGUUAAAAAAGAUUUUUAAAUUGAUUCCAGCAACAUAUUUUAAACAGUCAGAAAGGGAGCAUGUUUACCAUCGCGUUGCAUUACUUCUGACAGUUUUCAAGUUUUUGAUAGUGAGAUAUUGUCCUAUUUUACCCAAAACAGGAUUUCAGCUGCUCAAUGGUUCAAGCUCUCGUUUUUCAUAUUUUUUAUUUCAUGAUGUGCUAAAUGUCUUCAAUGGGUGAAAAAUCAGGACGGUAUAGCACCUGGACUCUUCUACUACAGAGCCAUGCUGUUGUAGUAUAUGCAGGAUGUGUUGAAGCAUUGUCUUGCUGAAAUUUGCAAGGUCUCUGAGGGAAGCAUCACCCUGAUGGCAGCAUAUCUUGCUCCAAACCCUAAAUGUAUUGAUCAGCAUUCUGGUGCCUUCUCAAGUGUGUAAAGCAACAAUGCUGUGCACUAUUAUUAAGCAUCCCCAUACUACCUGGGAUGCUGACACAAGAGAUGCACGCUGUUAAAAGGCUGGGUAGUACGUCUCCUCUGAAGAGUGGAGGGUGGGGUGUUCAUGAUUUCCAAAAAGACUGUUCAAAAAUGUUGGUUUGUCAGACUGCAGGAAAGUUUUCUACGUCGCUUCUGUCCAUUUAAAACAGACCAGGGCCCCAUUAUUGAGAGGAUACCCUCGUUAAUGAAAUCCUUCAAUUCUUUGUGAUGUUACGCUCAAGAAAAUCAUUUUUUUAAUUGAUUAACAAUUUUCGUACCCUGUCUGCCAUUCCCAUCCUUACCAUAGAGUUAUUCCCUCAAAUGCCUCGUUUAUAAUCUGUCAAGCUACAAGCCUUUUGCAAAUUAACCUCAUUAGUUGGUCGAUGUUCUUCCAGGGGUUUUUUCAACAUCACACCACUUUCCAGUGUUUGUCAUCUCUGUCCCAACAGUUUUAAAAGUUGUCGCUAGCGUCAAAUUUAAAAUGAGCAUACAUUUUUCAUAAAACAAUAACUUUUCUCAGUUUUACACGGCAUCCCAACAUCUGUAGAAUUUGGCUUUACUUCUGCUGACAUGUUUAUACAGUCUGAAAUGUAGGUGGUUUAUUGUAGCUGGAUCAUGGGAUAAAGGUUUAUCUUCUCUUAGUCACAUCUAAUUUCUGAUAAUUGUUGAUUUUUAUCACUUGAAGGGUGUUUUACAUGCCUAAAAAAGGGAAAAAAUAAACUUUUUGUCAUCUUUAUAUUUUGAAUUGUUUUUUAGGGGUCUUCAUCCAGUUUCUGAUGAGGAAGUGAUUGCCAUGUAUGAAGGCUGUCAUGUACCUCUGGAGAUCAUGAGUGACUUCUAUGGAAAGGUAGUAAACAUUUCCUGCAUUUUUGUUGCCAUCAAACAGAAAAAAUCGAAUGAAAUCUGACUCUCUAAAAUGAGAUGAACCUCCUUUCUGCAGAGUUCUCAUGGCCACACGAUGAAGCAGUUCAUGGACAUUUUUUCCCUGCCUGAGAUGACCCUCCUGUCCUGUGUUAAUGAUUUCUUCAUGAAGCACAAUAUCGACUAUGAGCCGGUCCACCUCUAUAAAGAUGUAAAGGUAAGCUAUCAGUAAUCAUUUUACAAACUUUAUAAAAUAAUGUGUGAAAUAUUUCAAUAUUAUACAAUAUUUGCAAAGCUUGCUUCUUUUUUCUAUUUAUUAUCACUCUCAUGUGUGAAACUCAGAAAUGGUUCAUUAUUUGUAUGUUUGUAUGGUGCUGUGUUAGUUCAGUCAUUCUCUGCUGUCUUAAUUUUAGCUCUGAAAAACCGGUGUCUAAUUUUAGUCAACAAGCACGCCUCCAGCCAUCUGCGUGUGUUCUCUGGUGGCUCUGCUGCUUUAGGGGGGGGGGGGAUAAGUGCCGUCUUCUUCUUCUUCUCUUUCGAGGGCGGCUGUCAUGCUGGUCCUGUCUCCUCUGUGUGACGCUGCAGCAUUUUUGACAGAUUGCUGUCAUUAAAAGCCCUCACACUCACUCACUGUUCCAUAAGUGCCUCUCUUAUCUAUUCAAGGACACCCUGCUUCUUCUUUUCUUCUCACACCAAGCCUGAUUUAUUAUGCAGCAUUAACCUUCUCCUUUUGCUCAAUUUCCCUCUACUUUCUGUACAUCAAAUAAUCAUUAUGUAUGAUGAACCUCCAUCAAAUGUUCCCCCUAAAAAAGCAGCUCUGCACAGGACGAGUCUAUUUACUCAUGCACUAUUUAAAAGCACUAGUUACCCUGCUGGAAACUUGCUGCAAAUGUUCUCACCAAAGAGCGAAACUCCGGCGUUUUGCUUUCUUCAUGUUUCAUUUGUAUUCAGACAUGUGCCUACUUUGUGCUUCCAAGUCAGCCGUUUACACACAGAGCAAAGUGUUGCUACUGGAGAUGAAUACUAACAUCAUGUGACUGAUGUGAUGACUUCUUGGCUGAGGGCUGUUUACUUUUUUUUUUCUUCACAGGAAGCCAUUAGAGACGUUCACGUCAAGGGUAUAAUGUACCGUGCUGUGGAGGCAGAUAUUGGUAAUUUUCUCUGAUUUCUGUUUUUCUGUCCGAACUUAUCUGCAACAUUUCUUUAACCACAUCAGAAAAAAUGUCUCCAGUAUCAACGAGGCUGCGAUAUAAAACAAGGAAAUCAUGCAAAUCACGCAAAUAAUAUUACCAUCAUUCACCCCUCGUCAAUCCUCUUUGUUUUCUCAUUUUGCAGAAAAAUACAUUUGUUAUGGUGAGCAGAGCCAUGCUGUCCUGAAGAAGCUGUCAGAGCAAGGAAAGAAGAUGUUCCUCAUUACCAACAGCCCGUUUGACUUUGUGUAUGUGCCAACAAACUGCUGUUUGCAUGACUAAUUAAAAACAGUGUUGCACUUUGCUAAUAUUUUAUUGAUGCUGUUGUAUGAUGCCACAAUGUCAAUAGACGAGUAACCAACACAGCAAAGGGCUUUAAAUUUACAUUCGUUUAUGUACUUUGUGGUAGUCGUGGGCAACCAGCAUCCAAUAAAGCCAGGCAUGAAAUGAUCACUUCAGUGUUUCCAACUUGAUAGGUCUCCAAGUGUCUGACAACAGUAAACAGACUUCUUUAAUUUAAUCAAGUUAAGUCAGUUUAAGACGAAAUUUUAGAAACACAAAACAGCAGAAAUAAUCGACAGGCAAAAAAAGAUUUGACCAAAUUAACCCUAAUAAACAGCAUUUAAUAAACAAAUAAAAUCCAAACAGAUAAAAGCCCACUGUGAUCAACCCGUCCUUAUAAUGACACUAUUGAUUAAAAUCAGUGUCAAAGAGACAUAUCUUUAGGGAAACAGAAUCAAAGAGUUUGUCAGCACACUGAAAAUUUGCAGCUUCUUGGAUCUAAAUUCUUCAAACUCGAUGGAUUUUUAUUAAAUCUAUUCACUACUGAGGCCUCGGUUGGCUAAACAGUUCAUCGCUGCCCCUUGCACUGAUGUUAUAGUCCUUGUCGCAGCAGUUGUGGUUAUGACCCCUGACCUUCUGCCCUCACUUUCUCCUCUCCACAUAACAUGCCUGUCUAUAACUGUCCAAACAAUUAAUAGCAAAAAAUGCCUCCAAGUGUCCCGCUGUUUUUUUUUUUCCUUACAUCAUUAUUUUCCUUCUCUAUCAAUGGGAGCUGGGUGCAUGUCACAGUUUUUCACUCCUGCAAAAAAGUUGUACUUUAUAAUAUUUGCAGUUUAUUAGAACUUCCAGGUGAAAACGCUGAAGCAUUAACAGUUUGCUGGAUGCAGGCGGACUUUAAUUUUCUUUCUGCUUGCUGUGAUUUUUGCUGAACUCACAGGGAGUUGCAUGAGCACAUUAACUGUCCUUUAUGAAAUAGCAUGUAGGAGCUUGAUAGUGUCUCACUCGGCAAUUUAAUUGAAUCAAAUGCAAAUUCGUACUGACAUAGCUCUUAACAUGUUGAUGUUUUUGCUGAUGUAGUGAUGUGCCCUCAUGAUGAGCUCUGAAAUGUUGCUGACUUACUAAUGCUUGAAAUCUUUGUCCUGCUCAGAGACCGAGGGAUGAGCUACAUCGUGGGGAAGGACUGGAGGGACCUGUUUGAUGUUGUGAUUGUUCAAGCAGAUAAACCUGGUUUCUUUAAUGACAGGAGAAAGUAAGUGUGUCGGUCCUUGUUGUGUCUCUUUAGUCCAACAGAGGGCCUCACUGGGCCACUCAUGCAGCAUUUAUAAAUAGAGCUGUUACACUGUUUGUGAGGUGUAUGUUUGUUAAAGAGCUGACACUAUUACACGUAGAUAAGAUACACCUCUGUCUGUUUUUCCUCAGGCCUUUCAGGCGUGUGACAGACAAAGGUACUCUUCUGUGGGACCGGAUCCACAGGUUGGAAAAGGGGCAGAUCUACAAACAGGUGGUGUAUCAGAAAGCUGCCAUGACACACUAGAUUUUAAUCAGUUUCACAGCCAAUAAAAGUCAUGAUUGAGGUUUUUUAAGUGUGCUUGUUUGUAUUCAUGUUGCAGGGAAAUCUUUAUGAGUUCCUGAGACUGACCGGCUGGAGGGGAUCCAAAGUGCUCUACUUUGGCGACCACAUCUACAGUGACUUGGCAGUAUGUAGCAUUCAGGCAUAUUUACAACAGAGGGCUCAUUGUAAACACAGUGUAGUAUUACAGAUAAUGAUCUUAUAAACAUAUAACCCAGCUCUGAUCAUGCUCCGUUUAACAAAAAUGUGUUUCAAGAAGUUAAUCUAAAUAUGCAACAGUCGAUCAGUCUUAAUGUGCUUGUAGAAGUUACUCACUGUGAGAUUAUAAACGGUGACAAAGAGCCUAAAAAUAACCAUCUGUAGGAUGUUAUUCUCAUCUCAUGAAGCCACAUUGCUGUUGCUCUGCACUGGGAUUGGUUGACGGGCAUUUAAUGAGCGUCAGUGUCUCCUGGUAUAUCACACCUACAGAGAAACUGUCACUGCUUUUUGCUGUCUAUAUUCUACAGACUCACACAGCUGCCCCCCCCCCUUAUCGGAUUUCCACAACACAACAAGCCUCAGAGUCAAUUUUUACAUUGUGUCACAAAGAGUUAAAGCGUCUUUGAUAUUUUCACAUGUUUGAUAAGCUGUAAAUGGUGAUAAUGAAACGCACAGUUUAAAUCUUUGGCUUAAUUUCUCCAUGGCGAAGGCAGCCAGCUGUCCAAUAUGUCGACUUGCUUAUUAUACAGCAGAUGGAACAUGGUGUAUAGGGUUUACAUAGACCACACUUAUAGACAGUCUCUCUGUCUGUGAUAUAAGAUCAUUACUGCCAGGCGGACAUGGAGCUGAAGCUUCUCUGAGUUAAUGAGGAGAUACAGGGGGUGAAGAAGGGAGGGAGGGAGCAGGGAUCAUUUGUUUAUGCCUUGCAGAGCGUCCAAAUAACCAGGAUUUCCUUUUAAUGAUCUCACUUGACUGGAUUGUUCCAGGAUUCAAUCAAAAAUAGAUGCAAACAGAAGAACUGAGGAAAUGCUGUUAUCUUUUAUCUAAGUAAACACACUAAUGACGCAUUGAAUAAAACCAUAAAUUGGUAUAUCUAUAUAUCUAUAUAUAUAUAUAUAUAUAUAUAUAUAUAUAUAUAUAUAUAUAUAUAUAAAUUAAAAAUGAAGACCAAAGAGCAAAAUGUUUAAAUGGAUAGAUAGAUGGAUGAGCAAAAAACUCAUUUAGAGGAAUGUACUUGACAGUGGUUAAGUUAGGUUGAAAAGUCAGUCUCCACUUUGCUUUAAGCACUUAGCUUAACAAGAGACCUAAAGGGUUCAAGUGCAUUUAAAGCUGGAGCAACACAGCAUCAACGUUAAAUCAUGCUGAUUUCUGUUUUAUUGGGUUCAAGAGUCAUCGUCCUGACUACUUCUUUUCUGGCCUUGCAGGAUCUGACACUAAAGCAUGGCUGGAGAACAGGCGCCAUCAUCCCCGAGCUGAGGAAGGAGAUCAAGAUCAUGAACACAGAGCAGUACAUGCACAUGAUGGCCUGGUUACAGGCGCUGACUGGACUCAUCGAACAGAUGCAGGUCAGGGGAGUUAAUGAAAGCAUUCAGAACUGUUUUUAUGCUGUUUAUAUUUCCUGUGUAUCAACUCAUUUGUUUUGAUUCACACCUCUGUGCUCCUUUCUAACAGGUCCACAGGGAUCCAGCAUCUCAGGCUGUGGUGGAGGAGUGGAUCAAAGAAAGAGACGCAAUGAGGUAAUGGCAGUCAUUUUUUGGAGCCUUUUUUGAGGCUUUAUUUUAGAAACAGGAAAUGUGGGAAGAGAGAAAAGUAAUAACACGUAUUAAAUCAUGUGGGGACUGAAAAAGGAUCCUACUACAGUAGGAAGAGUAGCAUCUGUUCAUGGGGUGAUAAUACCUGAUCAAUCAAGAGUAGUUACGAUAAAUGACAGCGAUUUUGUUGAUCAAAUCCACGUGUUUUCCUUCUAGGCCACAGACGAAGGACAUCUUUAACAGUCAGUUUGGGAGUCUCUUCCGGACGUACCACAACCCCACCUAUUUCUCUCGCCGACUCUCACGCUUUGCCGACAUCUACAUGGCCUCCAUCAGCUGCCUGCUCAACUAUGACUUCCAACACACCUUCUUCCCUCGCCGCACUCCCCUACAGCACGAGUCCCCUUUCUGGCCUGAGCACAGUCCUGCCGGUAUUACCAGCAUUUCCUCACAGCUCCACAACUCCAAAGCAGAGUCAGAUUAGGAUAUUAAGGACUAGGAUUUCCUUUAGUGGAUAAAAUUUCGGGUUAUUUUCAUUUUUCAGGUAUGGCAUUGUAAAGGGUGCAUGCCAGGGUUUGAGAUAUGUGUAUUUCAUGACAACUUGUAUCUGUUAAGCUUUAAACUAGUUACUUAGUGGGUAUUUGAGCAGGGCAGAGGAUUUAGCGUUCAGCCAAAUGACUCAAUACACACGAGUGUUUUUUAGAGAAAACAUGGACACCUUAUAUUUUUCAUUUAUCGUAUAGAUUUAUGAAAAUAUCUGAUGCACUGAUUGUUUUGGGUGGGUUGUGUGUUUCUGUGUGUGCGUUUAAGAGAAAUAGAGAGAAAUUAGAAGAAGAUAAUGCAGUUACAGAGUUGAAACAAUAGGGGGCAGCCAUACAUCAAUCCUAUUUUUGAUCUCUGUUUUAAGAAUUGUGCUCCAAGCUUUUAAGACUCUUUGCUUUUAUCCUUCGCCUCAGUGCAAACGUAAGAUUGUCAGUGAAAUGGGUAUACUUGGAAGCCACAUUUACAUGUCGAACUUUGUUGCCUUAAUCUCACAACAAUGUAUAUAUUUUUGUAACAGCCUAAAGGAUAUAAUGGAAAGGCUUUCCUCAUUUCGCUAUGCAGCAGCCGAGCUCGUCUCAGUUUGAACUGCACAUUGUAAUACACUCCACAGAUUUCUGUAGACAGAUUUUUUUUUAUGUAACAGUUUGAUCCAGUUUCACUCCACAGCCUGUAACUUUCAUUUGAGCGAGGGAGAUGUUUAAUAUUUGUCAGGGAAAAAAUAGAACAUCAUUGCUAUAUUUAGCACUGUGUUUUUAUUUGAUCUGUCAAGGCAGCGUUGGGUUUGCUAUGUUUGAAACUUUUUGCAGAAAACGUGUGAGAUGCUUUCACGUGCUGGAGAAGAGAAUAUUUUAAAUACAGCUGGAAUCUUUGGGUUUUUAAAUGUAUGGAAAAGGGAAUUCUUUAAAAAUGAUGACCAUAACAUGACCCUUUGACUUAUUUCUGGAUGUCUUUUUAUUUCUCUAUUUAUUAAAAUGUAUAUGGCUUAAAGGUC